AUGUGUCACCGACAAUUAAGAUUCUUCAAGGCUAAUGGCUGCGGCCAUCUAACUUUCACGGGCGAAACAACGAUCGACUGUGGAUCCCGCGACUGUUACCUCAGCUCGCAUCACCCGAAGAACUGUGGGUCCCCGGCCUCAGAUAAACAUCUCUGCAACUGUUUGAGAUACUACACACAACCCGAGCGUAUAAUCACCCACCAAAUUCCAGGAUCCUGUCCGCGUUGUUCGAGGUGA